AUGAGCCUGGACGGCGUGCAGCCUCCCGCGCCGUUUUUGCCCAGCCCUGGAAAACCCGCUGUUGACUGGCAGACAUGGGAGGGCAAAUUUGUUAAUUACCUCCUCGCCAUCUCUGGCGACACCUUCAACCCUGCCCGGCAGCGCGCUGUUCUCCUUCAUUGUGUUGGCGACGAAGCGUACCGGCUGUACGGGACCCUGCCCCCCGGCGUGAAGGCUGACGGCGAAACGGACUUUGACUUGGCUCUGCGCCAACUGCGUGAGUUUUAUACUCCGCGCACCAACGUCAUCGUGGAGAGGUUCAACUUUCGUCAGCGUGGACAACAUGACAGUGAGACAACUGCAGACUUUGUGUCAGCUCUACGCGGUCUGGCUCGAACGUGUGAGUUCGGGGCCAUCACAGACGAACUGAUCCGUGACGUAGUGGUUGAAAAGACUGUGCACCCCAGACUCCGAGAACGGUUCCUCCAGGAUAAGGACCUCACCCUGGAGAAGGUGCUGGUGAUGGCAGAGGCCUUCGAGCGCUCCCUGCGUGAAGCUGCUGCCAUGGCCCCUCCUGCGCUGCAGCUCGGAGCUGUGGCCAAGGUCAGCACAGGCCCACGACGCCGCACCACCCAGCCAUCGUUACCCAGCCCAGCCACCCAGUGCACCAACUGUGGUCGGAAGGAUCACCAGCCAAGGGAUAAGUCGUGUCCCGCCAAGAAGGUGGUCUGUCAUCAGUGCGGCAGGAAGGGACACUUCGCAUCCUGGUGUCGCAGCAAGGAGAAGCCGCCUGCCUGCAAGGAGCUUCAGGUGCUCUCCUGCUCCACCUCAACCAGUUCCAAGAUGACCUGUACCGCAUCAGUGACUGCUAGUACAGGUGUGCAGCGAGAUGUGCUGCUCCAAGUCGACACGGGUGCCUCCUGCUCCAUCCUCAGCAUGGACCUGGCACGUAAGCUGUUCAAAGGGGUGCCCUACGAGUCGUCCACUGCCAGCCUGUACGGGUUUGCCAAAACCCCACUGUCAGUGAAGGGCACACUGCCCACAGUCGUCCGCUUCAAUGGUCAAGAAGCUACAACAGACUUCUUCCUGGUGGAAACUCCGAAUCAAGAGGCUAUCAUGGGGUUGAACCUGAUCAACGCCCUCGGCAUCACUCUCCACCCGGCUUCCAACAGCAUCUACAGCGUGGAGGCUGAAGCCCAGCCACUGCCUGCCAUCGAGCACUACGAGCACCGCAUCGUGCUGAAGCCUGGUGCUACUCCAACAGCCUACAGGCUCCGCCGACUUCCCCUCUCAGUCCGUGAGGAAGUGUCGGCCGAGCUGCAACGUCUGCUGCACGACGGCAUCAUCGAGAAGAUCGACGCAUCUGAGUGGGUCAGCCCCCUCGCCGUGUCCAGGCGCAAGGAUGGCCGGAUACGGGUCUGUGUCGACCUCCGUGGACCCAACUCGCAGAUCGUUGCAGAGGUCCACCCCCUGCCUACAAUUGACGAGCUGGAAUCGAAACUGCACGGCAGCGUCUACAGCAGGAUCGACCUCAAGACAGCGUACCAUCAACUUCGCCUGCACAAGGACUCAAGAGACAUCACGGCCUUCCUGACGCCUGAUGGUCUCAUGCGGUACACACGAGUGCCGUUCGGUCUCGUCUCAAGUGGAAGCGCCUUCCAGAAGCUCCUCAGCAGCCUGCUGAAGGGUGUCCCAGGUUGUGGGCACUACCUGGAUGAUAUCCUGGUGUCUGGGAAAGAUCACCAAGAGCACGACACCCGCCUCAAGGAGGUCAUGGACCGCCUGGCCCGAGCCAACGUGACCAUCAACAAGGACAAGUCCGUCUUCAGGCAGACCAGCAUCGAGUUCUGCGGUCACAAGCUCUCUGCAGCUGGAGUGGUCCCACUCCAGUCAACCGUCCGCGCUGUGAUCGAGGCGCCUCCGCCCUCCGACGCUCGGGAGCUACGUAGCUUCCUGGGGACCACAGGAUGGUUCAGCCGCUUUGUGCCAGCGUACGCCUCAGUCGUCCGACCGAUGGCUCACCUCCUCAAGAAGGACGCACCGUUCCAGUGGUCCGAAGAACAGCAGGCCGCCUUCAACAAGGUGAAACAGCUGAUCUCGACGAGCCCCGUCAUGCGCCCGUUCGACCCGCACCUGCAGACGAUCGUCACCUCCGACGCGAGUGACCGAGGCGCCGGUGCUGUCCUCACACAGGUUCAGCCCAGCGGUGAGGAGCGGCCGGUCGCCUACUGGUCCCGCUCGUUCACGGAAGCCGAGUCCAGGUACUCCGUGUCUGAAAAAGAAGCGCUCAGUGCAGUCAACGCAGUGGAACACUGGCGUAUCUACCUGUGGGGACGCUUCUUCAAGCUCAAGACCGACCACUCGGCGCUCACUACCCUGCUGACGCCGAAGUCGUCCAACCGCGCCGGAGCUCGAAUCGCCAGGUGGCAGGCUCGUCUCCUGCCCUACUCGUACUCUGUCGAGUACAAACCGGGACACACGAUCCCUGUCGCCGACGCGCUGUCCCGGCUUCCGCUCCCAGACACGUCCGGCGCCGAGACUGACGGGGACGACAUCAUCGCUCUCGUCACAGACGACGCCACAGACGCGCUCCCAGAGUCGGAGAUCCGAGCAGCGUCAGAAGCCGACCCAGCGCUGAGCGAGGUGCGGGAGGCCAUCCGCACAGGCUGGCCGGCCUCGGCGCGAGAGUGCUCGCCGACGCUCCGACCGUUCUUCGACGUCCGUCAUGAACUUCAGCUGCGCGAUGACAACAUCAUCCUGCGAGGCCCCGACCGAGUGGUCGUCCCGCUCGCCCUGAUCGACAAGUACCUCCAAGUGGCUCACCGGUCGCACGAAGGCAUCGUGCGCACGAAACAGCUGCUCAGAAGUCUCGCGUGGUGGCCCGGCAUGAUGCGAGCCACUACCGACCUCAUCCGCGACUGCUCGACCUGCCAGGCCAAGGACGCCGUCCUCUCUCAGGGCGCGCGCCCCGCUCCGCUGCAGCCGGUCCCGCUCCCGGACCGGGCCUGGUCCAAGCUCGGCAUCGACGUCGUCGGACCCAUCGCAGGUGCGCCGCCUUCAGCCCGCUACGCCAUCACAGUCAUCGACUACGCCAGCAAGUGGCCAGAAGUCGCCCUGACAUCGUCUGUCGAAACCGAUGACGUCAUCAGUUUCCUCAGCAGCCUGUGGUCUCGAGAGGGCUACUGUGACGAGCUCGUUAGCGACAACGGCCCCCAGUUUACAAGUGCCAAGUUCGAGAAGUACCUGAGUGACCGCGGUAUCCAGCAUCGGAAGUCGUCUCUCUACUGGCCGCGGGGAAACGCGGCCGUCGAGCGGUUCAACCGAACCCUCAAGACGUGGCUGCUCGAAGCCGCUCAGCAGUCGCCGCGGACGCCACAGGCCUUCGCCGCGCACGUCACGCGCCGCCUGGCUCUGUACCGCACCGUACCGCACUGCACCACCGGGAUCUCGCCCUCUGAAGGUCUGCAUGGCCGCCGCAUGCGCCUGGACCUGCCAGUGAUGUCAGCCGACUCCGCUCCAGACGCCGGCCUGCACACGCGCGUGCAGACUCAGCAGCGCCGCAACGAGCGGAACUACAACCGGCGCCGCGGCGUGAAGGUACCCACCAUCCAGCCCGGCGACAAGGUCCGCGUUCGCCGCCCUGGACACACGCCCAAGAACCUGUCACGGUUCGGACCGACACAGACGGUGGUCCGUCGUCUCGGCAAAGCCACGUUCCUGCUGUCUGACGGCACACGGUACAACGCGUCUCACCUGGCGCUCGCCCCGGCAGCCAGUUCGGCAGAGACAUCUGACGGCGACUCGCCUGCAGCCGGACUCGACCCGCUACCGACCGUGGCGGACCAGCGCGAGACCGCACACGCGCCUCGUCCGGUCACUCCCCGGCGCGAGGGCCUGCCAGCGGUGCGAGGAGACCCUCCUGGCUCCCCGGCUCCAGAUGGACGUCGAUCGGCCACUCCAGCGCCGGUUGACUCGCCGCGCUCGCCGCACCGUUCGGGUAACGAGCUGCCGCCGUCCUCGUUCGGCAGGCGUCGGUUCCAGCCCCGUAAGCUCGCCACCUAG